AUGAGAUGCCCAACUGACCGAAGUAGGUUUGUUGCCUCCGUGUUUUUGGUGAAUUAUCGUCAGGCCUGGUGUCCUGCUCUGACGAUGUCCGUGACACGAUGGAUGAAAGCUCAGCAAGGAUCCAUCGGGGUCGCAGGGUGGUGCGCCGAGGACCUGUUCGCACAAAUCACCAACCACAGCUCCAAGGCGACGCACCCUGCCACACAGCCUUCGGUGAAACCAAGUUGCGAAUCCCUUCCACCCGCCUCUUCAAACCAAAUGAAAGGUACUCCAACAUUAAUAGAUCAAGGGAUUCUUCGAAACCCACUUUUGCUACAGAAAUUUAGUCAACUGUUUGCUAUCCGCUAG